AUGUCUGACGGAGUUGAUCAAGUUACUGAACAAGUUCAAAAAACUUAUUUAGAUGAUGUUACAGGAGAACAAGUAUCUAAAACAGAAUUAAAAAGAAGACAAAAACAAAGAGCAAUUGAGGCUAAAAAAGCAUCCAAAACUCCAGCACCAGAGCAAAAAAAAUCUACUAAAAAAAAAGAUGAAUUAGCAGAUUUAAAUCCAAAUCAAUAUCAUGAAAUUAGAUCACGUCAAAUUGAAGAAUUAAGAGAAAAAAACAAUAAAGAUCCAAAUGCUUUUAAUCCAUAUCCACAUAAAUUUGAAGUCACCAAGAGAUUACCUGAAUUUAAAAAAGAAUUUGAACAUUUAAGUAGAGGUGAAUCAUUAAAAGAUCAAAUUGUUAAUGUAAGUGGUAGAAUUAUGACUAAAAGAGAAGCUGGUUCAAAAUUAAAAUUUUAUGUUUUAAAAGGUGAUGGUAUAGAAAUUCAAAUUAUGGCACAAGCUCAAGACGCUGAAUCGAUUGAAUCAUAUGAAGAAAUGCAUGAAAUUUUAAAAAGAGGUGAUAUUGUUGGAGUUAUUGGAUAUCCAGGUAGAACUGCCCCAGCAAAAGGUGGUGAAGGUGAAUUAUCCAUAUUUGCAAAAUCAAUUCAAUUAUUAACUCCAUGUUUACAUAUGUUACCAACUGAACAUUAUGGUUUUAAAGAUCAAGAAGCAAGAUAUAGAAAAAGAUAUUUAGAUCUUAUUAUGAAUGAAUCAAGUAGAGAAACUUUUAAAAUUAGAUCAAAAAUUAUACAAUUUAUUAGAAAAUUUUUAGAUACAAGAGAUUUUGUUGAAGUUGAAACUCCUAUUUUAAAUGUUAUUGCUGGUGGUGCUACUGCAAAACCUUUUACAACUCAUCAUAAUGAUUUAAAUAUGGAAAUGUUUAUGAGAAUUGCACCUGAAUUAUUUUUAAAAGAAUUAGUUGUAGGAGGAAUGGAUAGAGUUUAUGAAAUUGGUAGACAAUUUAGAAAUGAAGGUAUUGAUAUGACUCAUAAUCCUGAAUUUACAACUUGUGAAUUUUAUCAAGCUUAUGCUGAUGUUUAUGAUUUAAUGGAUAUGACUGAAUUAAUGUUUUCUGAAAUGGUUAAAGAAAUUACUGGUGAUUAUAAAGUCGUAUAUCAUCCUGAUGGUCCUCAAGGUAAAGAAUUAACUUUAGAUUUUACAAGACCUUGGAAAAGAAUUAAUAUGAUUGAAGAAUUAGAAAAAGUUUAUAAUGUUAAAUUCCCAGCUGGUGAUGAAUUACAUACAGAAGCUACUGGUGAAUUUUUGAAAAAAGUAUUAAAAGAUAAUAAAUUAGAUUGUUCACCACCAUUAACUAAUGCAAGAAUGUUGGAUAAAUUAGUUGGUGAAUUAGAAGAUUCUUCAAUAAAUCCAACUUUUAUUUUUGGUCAUCCACAAAUGAUGUCACCAUUAGCUAAAAAAGAUAGAAAAAUUCCUGGACUUUGUGAAAGAUUUGAAGUAUUUGUAGCUACAAAAGAAAUUUGUAAUGCUUAUACAGAAUUAAAUGAUCCUUUUGAUCAAAGAGCAAGAUUUGAAGAACAAGCAAGACAAAAAGCUCAAGGUGAUGAUGAAGCACAAAUGGUUGAUGAAACUUUUUGUAAUGCUUUAGAAUAUGGUUUACCACCAACUGCUGGUUGGGGUUGUGGUAUUGAUAGAUUAGCUAUGUUUUUAACUGAUUCAAAUACUAUUAGAGAAGUCUUGUUGUUUCCAACUUUAAAACCUGAUGCUUUAGUUUUGAAAGGUGAAGAACCAUUAAAAGAUAAUUAA